AAGCUGCUUGGGGCGGCGGGGAGCGGCGGGCGGCGGCCAUGGCUGACGAGGAGGAGGACGCGCCGUUCGAGGAGGACGCGGAGGAAGGCGGCGGAGGCCUGGACGGCGGGCAGGGCCGGAGGAAGCGGCUCUUCUCCAAAGAGCUAAGGUGCAUGAUGUACGGGUUCGGGGACGACCAGAACCCCUACACGGAGUCUGUGGACAUCCUCGAGGACCUGGUCAUUGAGUUCAUCACGGAGAUGACACACAAGGCCAUGUCAAUUGGACGGCAGGGGCGUGUACAAGUUGAAGACAUCGUCUUUCUAAUCCGCAAGGACCCCCGCAAGUUUGCCAGGGUUAAAGACCUCCUGACCAUGAACGAAGAACUGAAACGAGCCAGAAAGGCCUUUGAUGAAGCAAACUACGGAUCCUGAUUCUGUGCGCAGCCUGCUCUGAGGCAUGUCUCAGGCACCUGCUGCCUAGCAGGAAGGAAUGUCACGUGUUGUUUGGAGGGGUCACUCGGGAUGGAGCCCAUCCCUGAGGGAUAUUGGCCCUGCUCCUUCUGACAGGUGUUCAGGCAGCUGAAUGUUACCCGACUGGAUGUGGCAUGCUUUUUGUACUAUUCUGUCACUUCAAGAAAUGAGCUGUAAAGAUUCUUUGAAGGGGAAAAUUCUGUUUGAAAUAGGACUGUGAUGAAUCAGACACCUAGAGGGCUAAUGACUUUUUUUUUCCUCUAUUUUGGUUAUCACUAGGUAUUCUGUUUACAGGAAACGUCAAAAAUGGAUUUUGGUUAAAUGGACAUACCAAGUUUUCUAGCCCAAACUCUUAGAAGUUCUGCUGGCUGUUCUGUAUACACUCCUUGAAUAAAAGAGUUUAAGUUUACGUGUGCUCAUUCUUCA